CACAAUAUGGCCUCCAACGAAGAACCUCAACAACAGCUUUUUACCUGUCUCUCAUGCAGCAUCGCGUUUCUGUCCGCAGAGGAGCAACGGCUCCACUACCGCUCCGACCACCAUAGGUACAACAUGAAGCGUCGUGUGGCCGGUCUGCCUCCCAUUAGUGCUACCCUUUUCAACCAGCGUGUUCUCGAACGCAAGACUGAAACCGCAAUCACGACAACUCCAAAAUCGAUGACUUGCGAGAUUUGCAACAAGGUUUAUACCUCUGAGAACACUUACAAAUCUCACCUUCAGUCCAAGAAGCACCGUGAACGCGAAUUGCAAGGUCUGGUGGCCAAACCACCCAAACCUGCCGUGACCCGGGAGGAAACACCUGCUGCCGAUGCUGCCGAGGCGACAGAACAACCCAUCUCCACCCCUGACGCUCCACCUGCUCCUCCCUCUGCUCCUGCCCCCGCCACACCCGCGGCCGAAUCUGACGAAGACAUCGAACGAACAAUCGAAGAAAAGAUCGCAGCAGCCCGCGCACGUCUUUCACCCCUCGAUUGCCUCUUCUGCCCCCACAAAUCCUCCUCACUCGAAGAUAGCCUCACCCACAUGUCCCUCUCCCACUCUUUCUUCAUCCCGGACGCAGAUUACCUCAUUGACAUCCAAGGCCUUAUCACCUACCUCGGAGAGAAAAUUGCCGUCGGGAACGUUUGCAUUUUCUGUAACGAGAAGAGCAAGGGCUUUAGGAGUCUAGAGGCUGCGAGGAAACAUAUGAUCGACAAGGGUCAUUGCAAGCUCGCCUAUGAUACCGAAAACGACAGGCUCGAACUAGCGGAUUACUACGAUUUUAGCUCGUCCUAUCCUGAUUCUCAGCUCAUUCGUCGCAAAGUCAAGACCCCCAAGGCGAUCAAGGAGUCUGAAGAGUGGGAGGACGUUACCGACGACGAUGGCGAGGAUGCCGAUGAAGUAGUGGAUGUUAGCGAUUCCGAAUCCGAAGAGGACGAGCUCCCAGAAUCCCAGAUCACGUACGGCGACUCGGAAUACGAACUCGUAUUGCCUUCAGGUGCACGCAUCGGUCACAGGUCGAUGCGCAGAUACUACGCUCAAUCCUUCACUCCCGUCCUCAGGGGCAAGAACCCAGACGAUCCCAACUCGGGCGCCGCCCUUGUUCGUCGCUUAAUCGCAGACAAGAACUCUGCUCUUGUUCCUACAAGGGGUGGUUUUGGCGCCUUUGGCGCUGGUACCGUCGCCGUCAAGGCUCGGAACCGCGGCGAAGCCAGGGAAGCUGGCCGUCAUGUUAGAGAAUUCAGAGACGUCCGCAGACGCGAAGAAUUCAAGACCAAGGUGGCAUAUAUUAACAACUCCCAGAAACACUUUAGGAUGCCUUUCCUCCAGUAGUCUCAUCAACCGUUGUACACAUAUCAUGGUUUUUCUGUAUAUCAAACAUAUUACGAAUAAAGACAUGCAAGUCUC